AUGGCAGAAUAUCUUGCAAAUGUGUUUAUGGAAACUCUUCGUGAUUUGCUGGUUGAAGAAACUAAGUUUCUGCUUAGUGUGGGCGGUGAUGUUGAGAAAGUAAAAGGAGAUUUGAGAAGCAUACAUGCCCUGUUGAUGAAAGCUGACAGAGAAAGACGUGAUUCUCCAACUCUAAAGCUUUACAUAUCUCAACUCAAAGAUUUGGCUUUCAAAGCUGAGAAUCUGCUUGAAAAGUAUGCAGUUGAAGUUCAAUCCAAAAGGCAAGGGCAGAAGAGCCUCAAGGAAAAAUUUCAAAGGUAUAUUUGCAUUAUGUGCGAGUGUUACAGUGUGCAACGGGUUGGGAAGGAGGCUUGCGACAUAAUACCUGCCCUCGACAAACUCACUAAAGAGUUAAAGUCGGAGUUGGAUCAACAAGGCUCAUUGCUUUCGAAACAGGAAGACGAGCAGCAGCGUCUGUUGAGACAGACGUACGCUCAUGAAGUUGAGCAUGAUUUCGUGGGCAUGGAGAGAGACAUCCAGAUUUUGGUCUCCAAGGUGAAGGAUGAAACGAGAAAGAAACGAGUAGUGAAGAUAUAUGGGAUGGGUGGUCUCGGAAAAACUACUCUCGCUAGAAAGGUAUACAACCACAUAGACCUCCAAUCUUAUGCCCGAGCAUGGGUUUGCAUCACCCAACAGUUUCAACCUAAGGCGGUUUUCGGUGAUAUUUUGAAACAACUUGAUAGAAACGCAGAUAUUGGUGGCAUGGAAGAGCUGGUGAGAGGAAUUCAUAAUUUGUUGAAGGAGAGGAAAUGUCUGGUGGUGAUUGAUGAUAUUUGGAAUAAUGAUGAUUGGGAGAUUAUAAGGCAAGCUUUUCCGGUGAAUUGUAAUGUCAUUCUCACCACUCGUUAUGAGAGUAUUGCUAAUCAACAAUCUGACCCUCACGAGCUUAAAUUUUUGACAAAAGAUGAAGGUUGGGCUUUACUUCAAAAAGUAGUAGAUUUAUCUCCAGGUUAG